CUCACACACACACGCGCCACCGCAGUCUGUACGGGGUUUUUCAGUGCGGGUAACUCCGGUGUCUUACAGGAAACACAGCGAUCUGCCCGCUGUUCUCCCCGUGUUGUUAUACUCCUAUAUAGUACAGUUACUGUACGACUGUCUGUUAUACAGCGAUCCCUCCAUAAAACCGUUUAUACGUGUUUGUUUUCGGAAGGAAAGAAAGCGAGGAAAACGCGAUGGCCGCGAGGGCUGAGGCUCUCCUCGCUCUUCUCCUCCUGCUCGGUGUUUCCACGGCGUCCGUUCUCGCAAUUCUGCCCCCGGUCAACGUGACGGUGAAAUGUAAGAAUUUUGAAAAUGUUCUUUACUGGAACUACAGCGCAUCGGCCCUACCCGCCUACUUUAACGUCAAUGUCUACAGAUAUGUAAGCAGCCCACACACAGUCGGCAGCUGCAGCAACACAACACAGCACUACUGCGACAUCUCCGUGGAGACGAGGGAAGUGGAGGAGCACUACUACGCAACGGUGACGGCCACGGUGGGAUCCAACGUGUCGUCGGAGGCCGACUCCACUCAGUUCACCUACUAUAACUUAUUUGAUGGGCACCUUUGUGCAGUGGACUUCCCGCCCGUGAACGUGUCCUUCGAGGAGGACAAAAUGGUCCUCUCGUUUCAGCACCCCUUCAGGUUCUACAGAAAGACUCUGAAGCAUGUCAAGAACAAGGGAGAGUACAAGAAGUUCCAUUUCUACAUCAAGUACGGCAACGAGUCGACACACCAGACCUUCACCUGCGACCUGAGAAGCAUCUGUGAGGAAGAGAUUCUCAUAAAGGACGGGGUGCAGGUUGUCCACUUGUGGGGGCAGAUGAAUACCAUGAACCUCAGCACUUCCAAAGAGAUCGUCGUCAACCUUCCCCGGAAAGAGAGAAACUCUCUGAUGAUGCUCUACCUCAUUCCUGCCAUAAUUACGCUCGUUCUGCUAAUCGGCGGGAUCGGCUUCCCGAUCUACAGAAAACUGACACAUUCCAGCACCUCCAUUCCCAAGGCCAUGGCCUCCCUUCUCAGCACGUCGCCUCGAGGGGCGAGCAUCCUCAGUCCCGAGAGGCCGAACACGGUGGUGGUGGUGCAAUCUACAGACUCCCCAUCAAGCGAGACCUUCCUCCUGCCCGACGGCGACUGUCCCCCCGUGGACGGCGCCCCAAAGGACGGCUCCCGCUUCCCCAUCGGAGUGGGGAUCGACAAGGACACGAGCGCGGGCUCCGGCGGUUCGGGUUCUGAGGCCGAGUCCUCGGAGGCGAAUCGGAGCGUCUCGCAGGCUUUCGUUUCUGGCUACGACCGGCCUAAGCAGCUGGGGGUGGAGAUGGCCCCGGGGGACACUGUUUUUGGGUACAGGGACUAAAAGCAGUCAGUCUUUUUCGGGAAACUUUAGCUCUGUCUGUGCUUUGCAUGUGCCUCAAGUCCCACGUGGGGAGUUUUAGAGAUUAGGAGUUUGGUUCUUGGGCUGCCACUGCAACAGCACCCCCUAGAGGAGUGACCUGGCAUGCAGCAGGAGAUCCCGCUCUCUUCAGAUUUCCUUCACCAUUGCUGUCAUUGUACAAGAUUAACAAAAUUCCAUUUCCGCCGAUCCCAGAGCGCAAUGCGACAUACGCAUACACGACAUGCAGUACUGCAAAGCAGGGAGUAAAUAGCACUGUGAAUAGUAGCCAGUAUAAGUAGAGGUUAACACUUUCAUAUUAAAUGGGGAACAAAAACAGCUGAAAUACAGAAUAGUGACAUAAGGAGAGAAAUGUUGCACACGUAGGGAUUAUUGCUGGGAGUACAUUUCAGAUGAGUGCACUGUAACAGAGUUUAUACACCUGACCGACCGCCUUGGGAUAGAAGCUAAGCCCGAGUUCCGGUUGUGCGCUUCGGAUGCGUCUCUAUCGCCUCCCAGGCGAAAGGGGCCGACGUGGACCGCGGUAAAAGACGAGUCGGGUCCCCACGAUGUUGGCUGCUGAGCUGUAAGCAGCGCCGCAGGAGGAUGUGGACUCCGCAUAACCUGGCAGGAGGGUCAAGCACGGGUUUGACCAACUGCGCUGUGAGGGGUGGGAGCGGUCAUCGCAUUAUCCUGCAUAUCUUUGUGCUUCAUAAGCCUGUAGUGUUUUACACUUCUAUAACCGGCUUGUUAACCUGUUAACCACAUGUACUUUUUCGUAAGUGUUACAUAUUCAAAUGAGUCACUGUACAGUUGCCGCUCACGUAUUAUUGGACUUGUGACCGGAGGGUUAUGGGUUCAAACCGCUGCUUCUAAUGCAACAGCUCAGUUGCUCCGGAAACCGUUCAAAUACGCAUAACUAUACCCUCUAUUAUGAGCUUACGUUUAUUUGACCUAUGAGAGUGUUGAUACUUCUUGAAGUUUUGGAGACGUCAAUGAGACUGAGAAACAAUUUUCCACUGGUAAUAAACUGGGAAGCUACAA